GGGAGGGAGGAGAGAGAGAGAAGGAGGAGAGAGGGAGAGAGGCAGCAGGGACACAGCAACCUGCGGGAACACUCAUCUGGUCCUGCAGCAGAGACACGCUCCAGCACGCUCCAGACCUCCCGCUCCACCCGGCAGCUCACCUCCAUUCCCCCGCGACUCCUUCACCCAGCGCUCUCCCGUUGUUUGCAUCCCUCGGUGUCGGUCGCACUCGGGCCGGUCGGAGCAGCGCCAUGGCUCGGGAGAACGGAGACGCCGGCAGAGGAGAGACGUGGAAGAAACAAGUGGACGACAUCAAGAAGAGGUUCGACUUCAAGGAGCUGCUCGGCACAGGAGCCUUUUCAGAGGUGGUCCUGGCCCAGGAGAAGCUGACCGGCCGGAUGUUUGCGGUGAAGUGCAUCCCCAAAAAGGCCCUGAAGGGGAAGGAGAGCAGCAUCGAGAAUGAGAUCGCUGUGCUGAGGAAGAUCAAGCACGAGAACAUCGUGGCCCUGGAGGACAUCUACGAGAGUCCCGACCACCUCUACCUGAUAAUGCAGCUGGUGUCUGGUGGCGAGCUGUUCGACCGGAUCGUGGAAAAGGGUUUCUACACGGAGAAGGAUGCGAGCACACUGAUCCGACAAGUCCUGGACGCGGUUAACUACCUGCACAAGAUGGGCGUCGUGCACCGAGAUCUAAAGCCAGAGAACCUGUUGUAUUUUAAUCCUCAAGAUGAGUCCAAGAUCAUGAUCAGUGACUUUGGUCUUUCCAAGAUGGAGGGCAGCGGGGACGUCAUGUCCACUGCCUGCGGUACUCCAGGAUAUGUGGCUCCAGAGGUUCUGGCCCAGAAGCCGUACAGUAAGGCAGUGGACUGCUGGUCCAUCGGAGUGAUCGCCUACAUCCUGCUGUGUGGUUAUCCUCCGUUCUACGAUGAGAACGACUCCAAGCUCUUUGAGCAGAUCCUGAAAGCCGACUACGAGUUUGACGCGCCGUACUGGGACGACAUAUCCGACUCAGCCAAGGAUUUCAUCAGCAAUCUGAUGGAAAAAGAUCCAGCCAAGCGUUUCACCUGCGACCAGUCACUCAGACACCCCUGGAUCGCUGGGGAUACGGCUCUCUGCAAGAACAUCCAUGAGUCAGUGAGCCGACAGAUCAAGAAGAACUUCGCCAAGAGUAAAUGGAGGCAAGCGUUCAAUGCCACCGCUGUGGUCCGGCACAUGAGGCGGCUGCAGCUUGGCAGCAGCAUGGGCAGCAGCAUGGACGCCUCCAACCCGCCGACCAGGCAGAGCCAGACGCAGAAGCCGGCCCAGAGCUCGAGCCAGGCGGAUCAGAACCAGGCAGCUGAGAGCCCUAACACAGCGCCGAGCCAGAGCAACAACACAGCCGCCAGCAAAACCUCUUCCACUGACAACAACAUAGCAGCACCACGCAAGGAAUGUGUGGCCGCGCCCGUCACGCCCUGCAGUCUGGCGUCUGCGGCCUCGUCCUCCGCUGCCGGGGCAGAGCUGAACCGGCCACAUCCCUCAGCGGCGCCCGCCCCAGUGCUCACGGAGACCAAGUGACGCCAGGUCUCGCGGGGAACCAGCUGGGAGGCCACAGCACUGUGAGGCAAAGAGAAAAGAGGAGGACAACCGAAGAGGAAGAGGAUCGCCCUCUUCUUCGUCCGUCUUUUCACCGUACUUCCUCUCGGAUGCCGUCCAGCCAGUUCCCCGCCCUGCUCCCGGGAGAGCAGAGGACCUUUCCUCCACUCCACCGAGCCACACAGCGCCAUACUGUACACCUGCCACCCACCCCCCCAUCCACCAGAACAGCAACAGCAGGGCCACUGACUCUCAGUGCGGAUCUGUGUGCGGCCGGCUGUGAUCGGCUGGCAUUUGAUGAUGCGUGUCGACUGCCCUGAACUCGAGCAAUGAUCAGUGGCUCAGGACGGGCGGUGGUAUCAUAUUAUUCAAUGUCAGACAACAUCAACUUCCCUCUUUAAUCUCGUCUUUCCUGCAACACUUUGUUUAGCUUUUCUCCAACCUUAGGUUUGACUGUUGGUAACUGGAUUGUUUUAUAUUUGACUAUUAUUAAUGUUCAUUUAAAAGGUGCUUUGUGUAACUUUAAACAAAUAUAUCAUUGUCAAACUGAUCUUUGGUAGCAUAGCUGUAAAUGAAUAGGACCCUAGACAAGGUGACAGCUUGCUAUCGAUUGUGCAACUGUCGAUUGUGCAAGACCCUAUUUCCCAUAACCCCCCUUCUGAGACUUCUGAAUAAUGACCUCACCAGUUAACACAAAUCACACUAAUGUUGUAAACUUGCUGGACGAUGAUUUAUCCAUGUGAAAAUGUUACACACGCCACCUUUAAGACCUUUUCUAUGUCCUUAUGGGCUUGUUUGUUUGUUUGUGCUUUAAGAAGUGCUUUAAAAGUACCAUACGACUGUUGAGAUGUGAAAACAUGAGUAAGCGCUUUACCUAUUUUGCACAGAGAGGGUCAGAUAUGUUCUCAGACACAGAUAAGCCACUCUCCACUCAAAACAUCAAAAUACUUUAAAAAACAGAAACCCAGGGUGGAUUUCAAAGCAUUUCACUACUUAUAUAUUGUCUGAAACAUUCUGAUUUAUUCUGAUUAAUUUAUUAUUUUCUUACUUUCUAAGACUUUUAUAACAAUCACCCCUAAAGGGGAACACAUACAGGUUCCUAAGAAGCAUGCAGCAAGUUAAGAAUAGGUUAGCAGAAGAUAGAGAUGUGUAUUUACUGGAAGAACUGCCUCCAGCUUAGAAUGUUUGUGACAGACAGCUCACGUUUCAGUUCCCCAACGAAGGAGCCACUAGCAGCACAGGAAGCUACAGGACAUACACAUGUUAUCUUGUAUUCACCUGUCUCCCACGUGAACCGUUGGAGUAUUUUGGUCCACGUGGAGUCAAGAAACCAGCCUGGAGAAGCUGCAGCCUCCCAUCGUUCCCUCCCACUCUAGUGAAGCCAUGAUCUCCCCUUCUCGCGUCAUGAGGCUGUACGCAGAUCAGUAGUGCUCAGGGAAAACUGCAGCUGUACUGUGUGCUGGCCACCGCUGGUUUCCUGGUUUAGGUGUUCCCGUGAUGGUCCAGGCGUCACGGUUAAUGAUCCAGGGCUCCAGACGUUAGCCGUGUCCUUACUGCAGAGUUUGUAGUGACUCGUGACUCAAGCAUUUAGAACUUAACCACCACUAUGGACAGGGUUUUGAACCUUAAACGUUGCUUUCUUUUUCUCAGUGCUACCUUAACGUCUCACCUGAUUACCUGUCUGGUUAACAGGCCGAAUCAUCGAAAAAACAAGAAUGGUGUAGAGCGCAUAUAACUCCGCCAAGGUCCAACGGUCCCAAUUAAUUCAAUCAAGCUGCAACAAAUUGCACACACUCAUAGAUAUCAGUCCUAUAAAUGUGCCGGUUUAUAAUAACAAUCAAGAUCAAGAUAAGUUUCAGUGGGAAAUUGAUGAAAAUGUCAAAAACUACCCUAUCUUACAAUGCAGAUAAAAGGAUUUCCUGGAUCCGCAAUCGCAUCCAGAUCCACGGCAAGAUUAAAAAGGUAGGUUCCCUCUAGGCUUACUUCCCACAACUUGGUUUAAUCUGACUAGAUUUAACUGUGACCUUGGUUUUAACCUUUUAAACAUGAUUCUGAGUGCAGAUGUGAAAAUGUUGGAUGCUUAGUCACACAUAUCAGAUUGUCAUGUCUUUAUUAGAUGCAAAUCUAUUGAUCCCUUUAUUGUCAAUUGUGGCUGAAGACUAGUGCUGGGUACUAAGAUAAUUUGGUUCAUUCAGCAGUACGUGCUGAAUUAGCCGGAACAGAACAGAACAAGUCCGAUUUUAAGUUUCUGAAGUGAACAUUAAAACAUAAGGGCUGAAUUGAUCCAGAGAGACUUCAUUGACUUUUGACUUCCUCUUCCUACUCAGUUGCCAUUUGCCUUUUUUCGCUAUCUCCACUCAGUGCUGCUGAAAUCUAUCUGCAAAUUAUUCAUAGAGCUUGUUUUAAUCUGUUUGAGGCGAGAUGCCAGUAAAUCAACACUCGCCCAAGCUGUCUGGAAUUCACUUUGGCUCACUGCCUCAUUUUUUUGUGUGUGGAUGUGUUCAGCCCAAACUAUCUGGCACUGACAUCGACUUAAAGAAAAACAUGACGAGACAUUUGUGAAUGUUGCCCAGUCUCAAUCUGUCUCGCCCCUCGACUCGCUCUGGAAGGACAAUUCCAGUUUUUUGAUUCUUUUGCGACUCUUUCAACUUUAAGGAAGUGCAAGACUAAAUCACUGGAAUACCCCUUUAAGAAAUGAGAAACUUUUCCCCUUUAAUGACGCUGGAAUUGUCCUUUAACAGAACACCUUGCAUUCAACUCAUUUAUAUACGUUUGGAGCUUUCACACACGUACACACACACACCACAGAUCCGCUGCAUAGCUCCCCAAGCACCUCAUACCUUAUGUUAGUUGCCUCUGUGGAGACAGCAGGAGCAGACACUCUGUUGUCCUCAUGGUCCUUUUUAGAUUUUAGACAAACCUUGCUGUGACUCGAUGCACGUCCUCCUUGCAGCUUCUCCAAUCAUAGACGAGUUCUAGCUCGAUAAGGUUGAACUAGUGUGUAAGCAAAGGCCAGUUAACCCGAUUUAUUGUGUUUUUUUUUCUCAAAGCAGUCAGAGAAAGCUAACCUUGCAGUGUUUCUUAUUGAACGACAACACCCAUGCGUCUACACAGGAGCCUGUGUUUACUCUGGCGAGGUCUUGUGUUACAUUUUUUUCCCCCUCUAACCACACGUUUGAGUCGGUCCGUGUUAUUACCCACGUGUCACAACAGAGGGAGAGGUUUCAACCAUGUAAGGGCUUUAUAUUCCAAUGAUCACCUUAAUCUGAUUAAUCACUGUAACCGUGUGUAGUACCCAUUUACUGCUAUGCAUUUUUUAACACUUUGGAGUGGGUUUUUUUCAGUGUAUUUUCCUGGAAGUGAAAUCAGGAAACACAGAGGGAACAUCAGCAGCUAUAGUAAAACAGUUACAGACACUGAGUCCCUCUUAGACAAUUUAAAUCUGUUAAUUAUCAUAUUUAUCAUUAGUAUUGAAUGAGCUACGAUGUGAGAAUGGUGUUCCAGGUGCUUCUCUGGCACAAAGAAUCGUCUGCCAGGACUGUAGCUUGAUUCAUUACGAUGUCAUCCAUUUCUGUUGGUACGCUUUGGGGUUAGGAAUGUGUCGCGAGGCAGGCAGAGGGUUCAGGUUCAUGCUCUGGUUUCAUGUCAGCCAUUUUUUUUUUUCUCAAGAGACAAAGACAGAGAUAAAACAAAAAAAUCUAUCUUUCCAUGUUAAAGAUGCCCCUGUAAAUAGAUUGUGAAUACGAAUGAUCAUUUUCCAGAUAACAUAUAAGAAUGUUUUGCUUUUCAGGCACGAGUGAGUGGAUGGGCGUGUGUCGGGGGAAGUUGAUUGUAUUCUUUGUGGAAUGUUUAGUGUAGACAAGAAAAACAAACUAAAAAAAAAGCUGGAUUCCCCUUUACUCCCCACCGCAGUUUGCUUUUAUACACUGUACCGCACUGUGUGACUGCCACCUGCAGAGCUGCACAGUUCAAUGCCAUCAGUGUUCCACCACCACCUCGGUCUGAGGGUGAGAAGCAUCGUUCACUGAACUCAGGCUUACGGUUUUUUUUGCCAUUCUAAAAGGAAGAAAUCCAAAGCUGUGACGUAAGAGAAACAGAAGUCAAAGCUGUUUUGGGACAACGAGCCGCUCUCAUCCGCCCAUCGUCCUCUGACAUUUUCUUGUUUUUAACCGAAGGCAAUGCCGAAGUGCAUCGCAGCAAAAAAAAAGGAUGAAAACACAAGCAUGUCGGGGGGGGGGAAGUGCUUAAAGAAAUCCAACUCCACCAUGAGUGUUUGCAUAAUCCUGUAUCCCCUUGUAUGAUGUUAGUAUCUCUGUAUUAUGUAAAGACGCGCACAGGUUCAGAUGCCAGAGCCCACGAAAAGCUGAGGUCAGCGGAAGAUGCAGUUUCCCUUCUACCAGCAGUUCAUAGCUGCGGAAAGAAUCUCUCUGCUUAUUACAAUUUCAUAUACAUUUUUUCACAUGAUUUUAAAAGACAUUUAGCUCCCCUGACACGUUCAUAAUGUAGAAAUGGAAGAAUUGACCAAAAAUCACAAAUAUUUACAGUAAAUCAUCUAUUGUUUGUGUUAGAAAGGUUUUUGCGCUUUUAUUUGGCAGUAUACUUUGUAGUACAUAUUACAAGUUGAUUUCUUUUGGCCAGUGGUCUUCAAGUCUUCUACAUUUGUGACUGUGGACCCUAUAGAAAUAUAGCCUCGUAGCUUGGCACCAGUUUUUAGGCCUCGGUUAACAUCGUAAAAACUCAAAAGCUAGAUUAGUUGAGGCUAACACUCGUACAGUAUCUCAUUUCAAGAAAGUAAAAAGGUGUUCUACCUUGAGUCCUGCCCCACCACUCCAAAGGAUUUCAUGGAAAUCGGGUCAGACAGUAGCUUUUCGGUGAUCCCGCUCCACCUGGCGUCUCCCUGUGCGCGUCCCCGUCCAGAGCCUGCUGUGCUAGCUGGCUGUAUUUACUCUGCAUGUGACCACGACAAACUCCCAUCUUGUGCACUGUCACCACGUUGGCGCCACCCUCACGUCUCCGAGCGGGCGCCGCCUUCGCCACACUUGCUGUGAUGAAGAAGAAGAUGACAAAUUUCUGUUAAUGGGGCUUGUGUAUCCGAUGCCUUCGACAAUCAUGUGCACAUAUCAGAGUUACCAUGACGACACAGGCCAGAGCAAUUGAUUGUGUUUCAUUUGUCUUUUCUCCUCGAAUAAAUCCUGAAUGAUCGUAA